AACUGCUGCUCUCUGUACUAGGCCGGUGAACGCCCUGGAGAAGACUAAUUUCCCACUUCAGUGUGACACGCACACCAAGCACGGGGUCAAAGUAUUGGGUUAAAACGUGAGCAAAGGACGUGCUUCUCGCUUAAGUGCACUUGACGACUAACUGGUGCAGAAAAGACUCGGUGGCUUCAGUGUUGGCGGUAGUGUGACCGGGAUGGCGUCGUCUUGGAAAGUGAAAUGGCUACUUGGCUUUUGAUACCCCACCGGGGAAGUUAAACCGACAGCGAAAUAUCUGAACUAAGUUUGGGUUUUGGAGCACUAUCUCGACCAUGGCACUGUACAGUACUAGUUGGACGGUCAAGCUUGGUCUUGGCCUUGUGAUCUUGGCCUCACUGACCACGGUGACCUUGACAACGACAUGUUCCACCCCUCUCGGCAUCUCCAAUGGCUUUAUCAUCACCACAGGACCUUACGUGAAUGGUACUACGGUGAUGUAUGGCUGUAUGACUGGGUUUAGGAUGUCUGGUACACCGUCACAGCUCUGUAACUCCUCCCUGGAGUGGGAGGGGCUACCCCCUAACUGUACCCAGCCAUCUGAACCGACGGAAACCGUCACCAACAUUGUCCCGUAUUGGGUAUUUCUAGUCGCAGCUUGCCUCAUACUGCUUUGUCUUAUAUUUAUCGUCAUUGUGUCGUGUCUGUAUUGUGUAUUUAAACGGCGGUCGCAUGGAGAAAACCAAGUCAGGUCGUCCCCACUACCGACCAUUGUGACGCCACGCGAGGAAAAGGUCCAUUUUGCCGGGGAUCUAUAUUCAAACGAUGGGGUGCUAUACGUUAAGAGUUAUCAUUCGUCCGGGCCGGAAAGUACGCAAUACAUGAAGGGAAAUACGACGCUUGCCACUGAAGACGGAGGCUGGAUUACAGUGGUGACAGACGAUUUUCUUCCCAAGAAUGGACGCCUACCUUGCACGUGCAGCGCGCACUGGCAAAAACACUAUCAUUUCCGGCGUUUUACAGAGACGAAGGAUAUCUCCACAAUGACCGACUUUAAGAAAAACAAUACAACGCUUGAGGCGGAUGCUACCAGUCCUAGAACGUCGACGGAUUCUGGUGAAAAUAAGUUUAGGAAAAUAGCUGAGAUGGUGGGCACCAAAGCCACCAUUGCCGAGGCGUUAGGAAGAAACACACAACUGGCGGUGAAAUACAAACAACCGGCUAAAAAGUUAGAAAAUAAAUGGCUGCCGCAUUCACAUAACGUGAGAUAUGAAAACCAAAGUACGAAAUGACCGCUGCUCAAUUUUUUAAAAAAUAUAUUUAAUAUCAAAAAGAAACAAUAAAAAUGCACAUGUCUACGGAAGAAGGGCGUGAUAUAACUUCAUGCUACUUUAGUGACAUUAGCCUAUAUUCUGUGCAUGCUGCCACAAUUGUGGUGUUUCUUAUUUGCCUUUAUUUGCCUGUCUCGUCUUUUUG